UCUAAGCGUACAGAUAUCUAACAACACUUCACACUACAACAAAUGGACGCAGGGCCAUCUUGUGGCAGUGAGCAAGGCAGGGUUGAAUCUAUCAGUGGGCAGCCCGGCAAACUGGGUCUUGGGGCCUCUCCAUAAUGGACCCGGACGACGCCUGCGGUAAUAGUUGUGAAUGGUGAAAGAAUGUGCAUUGUCUUACACUAUUUCAAGGAGGAUGUUCCAUGAAGAUAGAUAGUAAAUUUUUUCCAUGUUUUUGUUUGCCAUGCUGAUGAAGAGAAAUGUUUAGAACAAACGUUAAAGUUAACAUUACAGGCUUGUUAGUGUCAUGAUGCUAAGCAAUUGUUAAGAUGUUUGUUAGAUUUGGCAAUGUAUGUAUGGAAGCCCUUAUUUUGAAUAAUUUCAUUCCUGUUUUGAAUCUGUUACUUACAUCAUGCUGCCGUUUAAAAUAUUUAUGUUGUUUUUGAAAUUCUAUAUUUUUUAUUGUAUAGAUUUAUUUGAAGAAUGCUGAUAGAUAUAUUUUCUUUUUAGGGAAAAUUUAAAUUGAAGUAAAUACCCACAAUGUCACUCAACAUUGGAGAGGAAUUUUACUUGUGCACAGUAUGUGGAAAGAAAUUCCGUCGAAAAAGCUGUCUUAAAAUGCACUCGAGAAUACAUGGUGCAAAGAAAUCUUGUUUCUGUAAUAUGUGUGCGGAAUCCAGCAGGCAUAAUGAUGGCUCUAAUAAAAAGCUACACAAUAUAAAGAAAAUACCACAUUUUCCGCUCUCAGACAGUAAGAGCAUCACUGCAAAUGGUAAAUCUGUUUUUGUAAAUAAAAAAGCUGGACUAGCAACUGGGAAGCAUGGUUUGGUAGCAAAUAAACUUGUAACACAAAAUGAGCAUGCUUUAACAAAUAUUGGUUGUGUUUCACCAAGUAGAAAACCCAUCUCUUCAAAUGCAAGAGCUGUUUCUUUGAGUAAUAAGUCAGUUCUGGUUAGUGGAAAGUAUGUCUCAUCAAAUAGAAACUCAAACUCAGCAAAAGGCAAAUCCAUCUCUGUCAGAGGAAAGAUAACUGAAAAGGCUGUUCCAUCAAGCAGAAAGGCAGCUUCAGAAAGUGAUAAGGGAACCACCAGAGGUAAAAGGAAUGCAAUACCCAAUGGAACUCUGGUUUUCAAAGACUUGACAGUGAAAAAGUGUGAAAGCAAUCCACUUAUGACAAAUUUUAGAGACAGUUUCAAAUGGUUUUGUACAAAAUCUGCAUGUAAAGGUUUUCAGAAAGUUAGUAAUCAGUUAGUCACAAACAUGAAUGACACAAGUAGGAAUAAUGAUUUGAAUAACAAAAUAAUUGGAUCCAAAGACACUAUAAAGAACAAUAAAAGAAAAGAUCCAUGUGAUAACCACUGUAAAUGUAGAAUAUGUGGUAAGUCCUAUAGUUGUGACAGUAAUUUAAAGGAUCAUAUGGUUGUGCAUUUAGAUAAGAAACUGUAUUUUGGAUUGAAAUGCUGGAAGGUAGAAUUGGAGAGAUUGGAAAUAUGAAGAAUAUGCAAUUUAAUUAUAUUUACAGUUCCAAGGAACUUACAUAUGUAUUGUUUUCUCUUUGUUAAUACUAUGUAAUGCACAUUUUCUUGGUUAUAUGUACAUGCCGGAUACAUAUAGUAAUGCAGAAUACAUUUUGUUUUAAAAUAUAUCCAUGUAUAUGUUCACUCUUUUGUGCAUCCACACACACACACAUACAAACACACACACACAGACACACAUACACACACACACAGUGAGUUAGAGUGAGAGUAUGAGUGUGUAAGUGUGUGAGUGUGUGUGUGCGCGUGCAUGCAUGUGUGCGUGUGUGAGAGUAAGUAUACAGUAUACAAAAGUAUGUUCGUUAAUUUUUCAGAAUAAGAGCACUGCGAAUCAAAAUUACCUACAACCCCCUGGGUAAUUUCUUAAUGUUUGAUUACUACAAUUGCAAUAUUGAAAUAAACAAUUAUGUA